UCCGCCCUCUUACAGCUCGGGGCGGAGGAUUCGCACCUGAGCUCCUCCUUGCAGACUUCGCCACAUACAAGACGGAGCCAGACUUGAUGAUGUCGCCACAUCCAGAAGCCAUCCCAGACUGUGUGGCGGUGGACCAGCUUGCGAAAGCUUGUCCUUCACAGUUCUCCACAUUCUUAUCUAAACAGAAGAAAAUGAAGGUAUCUCAGGCAUCAGUGUCAUUCAAGGACGUGAGUGUGGAGUUCACCCCGGAGGAGUGGCAGCACGUGAGCCCUGCUCAGAGGACCCUAUACAGAGACGUGAUGCUGGAGAACUACAGCCACCUCGUCUCACUGGGUUACUGCGUUUUCAAACCAGAGGUGAUCUUCAGAUUGGAGCAAGGAGAAGAGGCGUGGUUCUCAGAGGAGGACUUCUCAAGCCAGGGUCUCCCAGUUUUAGAAGACUACAGUGAUGAUGACGUUACCAAGAACAAGAAAAUCAGGCAUGAAAACUGGUGGAAAACAGAGGUCAUCAGCAAUAAAACAUCGACGAGAGAAGAAGAGGAAGCUUUGGGCAAACCAUUUAAUCUGAGCACAGCUUCUAUUUCUUCAGCAAAAAUGUCCUGCAAAUGUGACUCAUGGCAAGUGAAUUUGCAAAAUACUUCUGAAUUUGUCACUAGUAAUAGAAACUAUUUAAGAAAAAAAGCAGAUUAUCCUAACAUAUGUGAGAAUUUACCUUUUAAAAUUAAGUGUGACAGAACUCAAACUAGAGAGAAAUUUUAUGAAUAUAAUAAAAAUAUGAAAGCCCUCAGUUAUAAGAAAAACCUUCUGGAGCAUCAAACUUUUCAAACAUUGGAACAAGUUUUUGAGUGUAAUGAAAUUAGAAAGUCUUUAUGUGGUAGGACUGACUGCAUUGCUCGUAAGAGUUUUCACACAGAAGAAAAAUCCUGUAAAGAUGAUGAAUUUGGGAAAAACUGUGAUAACACAACUGUCAUUGACCACCAAAGAACUAGCACAGGGGGAAAACAUUCUCAUCUUAACCAAUAUGGGAAAUCCUUCUUUGAAAAAUCAGCUAUGGAAAAAUACAAUGAAUUUAUGACUGUGAAACAUUAUGAAUGUAAUACACAUGAGAAUAAUUUCAACAGGAAGUCAUUCCUUCCUCAACCACAGAGAACUAUCACAGAAGAUACUCCAUUAAUAUGUAAUGACAGAACACAAACCGCAGAUAAGUCCUUUCAAUGUCAUGAAAAUAAGAAAUCCUGGCAGGUACUGACUCACAAAACACGCCAGAGAACUCACUCUGCGAUAAAGCCCUAUAACUGUAAUGAAUGUGGGAAGUCCUUCUUUCAGAAAGGGCAUCUCGUUCAGCAUCAGAGAACUCACACAGGAGAGAAACCAUUUGAAUGUCAUGAUUGUGGAAAAACUUUCUCCCAGAAAUCACACCUCAGUACACAUCACAGAAUUCACACAGCAGAGAAACCCUAUAAAUGUAAUGAAUGUGGGAAAACAUUUGUCCAAAAAUCAACGCUCAGGGGGCAUCAGCGGAUUCACACAGGAGAAAAGCCGUAUGAAUGUAGUGAAUGUGGGAAAACUUUUGUUCAGAAGUCAACCCUCAGAGAUCAUCAUAGAAUUCACACAGGGGAGAAAUCUUUUCAAUGUAAUGAGUGUGGGAAAACUUUUGGCCAGAAGUCAAACCUAAGAAUACAUCAAAGAACUCAUAGUGGAGAGAAAACUUAUCAAUGUAAUGCAUGUGAAAAAUCCUUUUGGCGAAAAGACCAUCUCAUUCAACAUCAGAAAACUCACACAGGAGAGAAACCAUUUAAAUGUAAUGAAUGUGGGAAAACUUUUGCCCGGACAUCAACCCUGAGAGUGCAUCAGAGAAUUCACACAGGAGAGAAACCAUUUAAAUGUAAUGAAUGUGGGAAAAAAUUUGUCCGGAAAGCAAUCCUUAGUGAUCACCAGAGAAUUCAUACCGGGGAGAAACCCUUUCAAUGUAAUAAAUGUGGGAAAACUUUUGGCCAGAAGUCAAACCUCAGAAUACAUCAGAGAACUCACAGUGGGGAGAAAUCUUAUGAAUGUAAUGAAUAUGGGGAAUUGUAUGAGAAGUCAACUGUAUACCAGAGAAUUCAAGGAGGGUUAGCGCCCUAAUGAUGUAAUAACUGUGGAAAAUCUUUCUGACAAAGGGACAACCACAUUUAACUCAGAAUACUGUUGGGGAAAACUAGUUAAAUUAGUGAGUAUAAGUAAAUAAUCCAAGAAGUCAACCCCCACAGUGCUCUAGAGAAUUCACACAGGACAAAAAAAUCAUUUGAACCUAAAAAUAGGAAGAAUUUGUCAAAAAGGCAAACCCUCAGAGUACAUCUGAGUUUUCACACAGACUCAUGUUUCUUUCAAAGGAGUAUGGAAAGUCCUAAAUAAAGUCACACCCCAUUAGAUAACCUACACACCACACAACAUGAUAAUGUAUUCACCAGUAACAACUUUAUUUUUUUAGCACUUAUCUAGUCUUAAUUUCCCACGCUGCCUUUUGUGAAAAUGGGGCUUUGUGACUAGGCAAUGGAAUGUGCGUAGCUAUGCUGUAUGUCACAUCCCAAACUGACAAAUAAAAGAUUACCAGGAAUCUAUCAGAAUAAAAUGUAUGUGACUUUUGUAACAAUCUUGGGUGACAUGCCUUAAUGUGGCACAUGACAAGAUAAUGGAAACUUUAUCAGUUGAACAUUUUGUGAGCAAAAAUUAAGCUUAUAUUCUGUCGGUCUUGUACAUGUUCAGAUCUGUUUGUUUUCACACAUAAUUUCAUAUCCCUGUGCUAGGAAAGCAGAAAACUCUUGUCUCGGCUUAUGUAAGCCAGAGGACACAAACCUAAUCAGAAGGUUCGAGUCAGAGUCCAUCAAAGAUCAUUAGAGAAUCCAUAUGAAAGACAUCUUUCAAUGUAAUGAAAUGGACAGUACCACCUGAUACAGGACAUAUAUAAACCUAAAUGCUGGGAGUUUGGUUUUGGCUGAUGGUGAGCAGCUGCCAUGCAGCUUGGAGUGCCUUGUUUAAUAACAUGAAGUCACUGCUUCCUCACCUCUUGACAACUCUGUAUCCCAACAAAAGCUCCUUUAAGGACAAAGAUGUUUCCCUGUCUCCAGUGGAGACUGAGAAGGAGGCUGUUGACACAUAAGUAUUCUGGAGAACUUCAGGAAGGAAAAGACUCCAAUUUGUAUGGCUGUAUUGCAUAUAGUGCCCAAGUUAGCACCUCACCAGUUCCUCUGUGGGUAGAGGAUGCCUAAAUUUAGCUAAUCGGGUUCAGAGAAGGAAAACUCUAACUCCAUGGAUGAGGCCUUUGGGACCAGUAGGAUGUACUAUGGUUACUCCUACAUGUUAAAGUACAGUAGGAAUUAGUAUUAUAUGUGCUGUACUUCCUCUGUGUCACAGGGCAUGCUUUCCAUCAGGAAAACUUGCAUGUGGAUGUCGGCACCAGACAGGCUUGGCUCAGGAUGAAGCUAGGAGCCAGGAGUUACAUCUGGGUCUCCCACAUGGUUGGCAGGUACUCAAAUACUUGAGACAUUAUCUGCUGUUUCACAGGAUGAAGUACAAGGAAGCUAAAUCAGAAGUGGAGUAGCUGGGACUUAAAUUGGCAUUCAGAUAUGGAAUAGAGGGGUCCCAAGGGGUGGCUUAACCAACUGUACCAUAAUGCCUGCUCCUAAUCAUUUUUUAUAAGCAUUAUUAGAGUGUGUGGAACAUUUUUUCCCCUCCUUUGGUUUUGCUUUGCUUCACUUCCACACAAAGACUUCCUAAGUACCAAUUCAAACAACUUAAUAAAAUGACAAAAAAUGGUAAAAUCAGAUUCCCAAGAUCAACUAAAUGAACAGGCAAAGAAAUUCUAGAAUUCAUCCCAAUAAUCCAUCUUAAUAGUAGUUAUACUCACUCUUACUUUUCACAACAUCCUAACAUUUCAAAGAGAAAACUGUCACAUUGAAGAAUCUAGUCCUUUAUAUUUCUCACCCCAAAAGGGUAUAACACCUGCAUCUGACCUUCUGCCUCCAUGUUUGUCUUUCUUGAUACCUUUUCUCUUGUAUUAAAAGUCUUGGAAGCCCAACAGAAAUAAUAUAUUCUACAUUUCUAAUGGAAA